AUGAGAAUUUCCAGCAAAGGAUGUAAAAUGCAAACCCUAUCCACAAAACCAGGCCAUUUUCUUGCCACUUUAAACUUGUCAAUUCACAUGAAACAAGAUCUCAAAAAUUGCACAGAAAUAAUGAUGUCUUCCCAUAUAGCCCCUUUCACUACAACCCAUCAUCAUCCAUUGGCAAAGCCAUUGCCAAUUUCAAGAACAGCAGCAACUCAUUUGUCCUUAAAUGGACUGCAUUUGCACAAGGUCUUUGCUUGCUCAUCAUCUUCCUCUAAUGAAGAAAUACAAGUCCAAAGGAGGAGUGUAGCAUUGGGGUUGGGUGGCUUGGUGUUGGGGUUGCAAGUUGGUGGCGGCAAUGCGAGUGCCGCUAGGCGACCACCGCCGCCGCCACAACAGGAGAAAAAGGAUCCAAAUGUGAGUGGUGUGACAGCAAAGGUUCUAGCCAGCAAGAAGAGGAAGGAAGCCAUGAAAGAAAGCAUAGCUAAAUUGAGAGAAAAAGGGAAGCCUAUUAAAGAAUCCAUUCAAGAGCCAGAAUCAUCACAAUGAGGCUGUAAUUUUUUUAUUAUUAUUAUUUUUUUUUUUCUAAUGUCAAGUAAGUAAAGGCUACACAGCCUAUUUUGGACUGUUUUCAGUAAUUACUGAAUUCAGAUGAAGAAAAUGUUAACAAAUAAUGUAAAGAAUCUUGUUACAUUCAGAAAAUGGUUAUUUUUGAAUGUAUGUUUUCACUAGCA